CCAUGCCAAAUUGUUACAUUUUUGUCCUGGUGGAUUUUUUUUACGUUUUGAUACAUAUACGACAUUCAUUUAGUGGUUACACAAAUAUGAAUAAUUGGAAGUUCUUUGUGUUCAUUAUGACACUUGGGUAUUCUGUUAGAGGCGGAGUUUGUGUGUCCUCCAGGGCAAGUGAGCAAAGGGACUGGACGGGCACAUGUUGAAGUCAUUUCAUCAGGUCCAAGUCUUGUGAUGACACGGACAUCCCUGGAUGCUUUUGAUGCCAAGCAGUCGGUUUCAAAAGCCACAUUAUUUCUUUAUGACCUCCACACUCGCAUAAGGCUUGGACAGACAUCUAACAGUGGAUGAAACUGCUGUGGAACUGCUAGUGUCUCAUCUGAAAAACUCACUAGGAAACGCACCUGCCACAAAAGAGCCCAGACGUAAAGCAGCUGCUAGAGAUACAAGCAACAGAAAGCUAUAUAAAUGGCCCACUGUAAUGUGAUGCAUUCAUCUUCCUCAAAUGAAGUUAACUUGGGCCCCUCGCACAAUCCACAUGCCAAACCCACUGACUUUGACUUUUUGGCCGUGAUUGGAAAGGGCACAUUUGGGAAGGUGCUGCUUGCCAAAGCCAAGAUUGACAACAAGUUCUACGCUGUCAAAGUCCUGCAAAAGAAAGUUAUACUGAAGAAGAAAGAGCAAAGGAAUAUCAUGGCAGAGAGGAAUGUCCUGCUGAAGAGUCUGUCACAUCCCUUCCUCGUGGGCCUCCACUACUCAUUCCAAACGCCAGAGAAGCUCUACUUCGUCCUGGACUAUGUCAAUGGAGGAGAGCUUUUUUAUCACCUUCAGAAGGAGCAGACCUUCGGGGAGCCCAGAGCGCGUUUUUACACGGCGGAGGUGGCCAGUGCUAUUGGCUAUUUACACUCCCUCAACAUUGUUUACAGAGACCUCAAGCCCGAAAAUAUAUUAUUAGACUUUGAGGGCCACGUGGUACUGACGGACUUUGGGCUGUGUAAAGAAGGAAUAGACACAGACGCCACCACAUCCACCUUCUGUGGAACCCCAGAGUACUUGGCACCAGAGGUGUUGAAGAAGCAGCCGUACGACAGAACAGUAGAUUGGUGGGGCCUGGGAGCCGUCUUGUACGAGAUGGUCUAUGGAUUGCCCCCUUUCUACAGCAGUGAUGUGGCACAGAUGUAUGAUGGCAUCCUCCACCGCCCUCUGAGCCUGUCGGGAGGGAGCACUGUGCUUUGUGACCUGCUACAGGGCCUGCUGGAGAAAGAGCCACAACGCCGCAUUGGUGCCAUUGCUGACUUUCUGGAAGUGAAGAGCCAUGCAUUUUUCACUUGCAUAAACUGGGAUGACCUGUACCACAGAAAAGUCCAGCCUCCAUUUAACCCUAAUGUGAGAGGUCCAGCAGACAUGCAGCAUAUCGACCCAGAGUUCACCAAUGAGAUGGUGUCCGGAUCUGUGGGCUGCACGCCAGAGUUCGCCUCAAGCCUGGCUACCAGCAGCGCCAAUGCAUUCAAUGGAUUCUCAUACGUUUCCACAGAAGAUUAUCUCUAAGACUAAAUAAUACUGUAUAUAUGUCUAAAUAGCUCUUAUUCUGUAAUGUACAAUCUUGUAUUUGACUUUAUCCGGCCUUUACACCGACCUACCACGCCAACCUACUUUCAGUUAAACAGAGGGUGCUUUUAAUAGGUCUAGGCCUACAUUGUAAAUUAUUCAUGCCUAGCCUCAGUAAGGUUGGUAUUCAUCAAGUCUGCUCCAUUUAUGCUUAUAGCUUUCAGUUGGAUAGCCUGAUAAUAAAGUGCUUAAUUCUACUUUGUUGACAAUCAAUAAAUUACAUGCCACGUCAGAUGCCACAUAGGUAUCAUUAGUGUUUGUCUGUUCUCAGUUUGAGUAGGCUACUAUUUCUCCUGUAGGCCCAUCUUUUUUGAUUGUA